UCAGAUGCGUAGCUGCAGCCUUGUCCGCCUCCAAUCCUCCAUCAAUCCAAUCGAGAAUUUCUGAUGGCUGAGCGACCGGAACGGUGCCCUCCAGGCGAUGCGACUAGCCGCCAGUUCCCUGGCCCGACGCUCACUGCAGCAGGAGGAACGAUAGCCAUGACCGCCGGCCGUCGAAACACGCCCUCUCCCUUGCAUGACGGGAUCGGGCUGGAAGGACAGCCACGGCCGCCACUGGCCAUGCUGCCGCAAUCUGAAGCAGAGCUGUCGUCGAGAAGGUCGGGAGUGGCCAUGCCGGAAUCUCACACCGUCGCCUGGAACGACGACCAUGGUGGUUCUACCUCUGGCUUGCACCAUGUAAACCUCGUUGAUGACAACAGUCGCUGCUCCAAAUUGUACCGUCCGUCGUAUACGAUGUCAGAAGCCACGACAUGCACCAUGGACUUGCCGCCGCCACAAGUCAUGUCAGGAGGAGGCCAGCAAGAUGACGCAGUUACGGAUGGUCGUGGAGAAAAUGGAGAGCAAACAAUUCAGGUUCCCGAAGUUGGGAAAACGUUUGAGUCAGAGAAAGACGCCUAUGACAUGUAUAACACAUAUGCUGGCAAAGUUGGAUUUAGUAUUAGAAAGAACCAGACAAAGCGUCGACAUGAUGGUACUAUAUAUCAAAAAAGAAUUGUUUGCAGUAACCAAGGCCAUCGAGAAACCGAGUCGUCGAAGGACACUACAAGGACGGAUUGCAAUGCCCGUAUUCAGUUCAGUGUUAGCAGAGAGGGGAUUUGGAUGGUGCAAAAGGUUGUAACCGAUCAUAAUCAUUAUCUUGCUAGUCCCAAUAAGGUGCACAAACUGAGGUCCCAACGACGUGUUAUAGAAGCAGACAGACAUCUAAUUGGCCAGAUACGGGAAGCCGGAAUGAAGCCAUCCCAGGUGUAUGACUUCAUGGUAGCGUUUUACGGAGGACCAGACAAAGUGCCAUUCGCAAAGAUGGACUGCAAUAACGAGAUUGGUCGUGAGCGCAAAAAGUACUUAGAAUCAAAUGAUUCACAAACACUUCUAGAAUACUUGAAAAAUAAGCAGAGAGAGGAUCCAACAUUUUUUUAUGCCAUUCAAGUAGAUGAGAAAGAUGGUCGGAUUGCUAAUUUCUUUUGGGCAGACGGACAGUUUAUCAUGGAUUACGCAUGUUUCGGAGAUGCUAUAUCAUUUGACACUACGUUUCAAACUAAUAAGUUUGAAAUGCCUUUUGCUCCAAUCCUGGGAACCAACCAUCACAAGCAGACUAUAAUUUUUGGGGCAGCGUUGUUAUAUAAUGAGACCAUUGAGUCAUUUGUUUGGUUGUUUGAAACCUUUCUAACAGCAAUGUCAGGUAAGCAUCCAAGCACAAUUUUCACUGAUCAGGAUGCGGCCAUGGCAGGAGCAGUUGCAUAUGUGUUUCGAAAUACAAGUCAUCGACUUUGUCUAUGGCACAUUUAUCUUAAUGCUGCUAAAUAUCUUGGACAUGUAAUUCAUGAGCAUCCUGAGAAGUUUCUACCUGGUUUUAAGAGAUGUGUCUAUGAAGAUAGAUCAGAGUAUAAGUUCAACAAGAAGUGGCAUGAAUUAUUGGAUCGGUACAACCUCCAGGACAACGAAUGGAUGGCAAAGUUAUAUGAGUUGAGGGAAAAGUGGGCUGCUGUCUAUCGCGACUCGUUUACAGCUGAUAUGAACUUGACUCAAAGGAGUGAAGGUAUGAAUAAUGUCUUCAAGCAAAGAUUUCGUAGGAGACUUGGUCUCUGUGAACUCCUUGUAGAAUGUGAGAAGGUUUCUCAUAGUCUUCGGGAAAAUGAGUUGGAUGCAGAUUUUAGUUCGCGUCGAAAGAACCCGAUUACUUACUCAUCUAAGUUACCUUUGCUGAAGACCGCAUCCGAAUCAUAUACAAGGAGGAUGUAUUCGGAGUUCGAGGAAGAAUUUACAGGACAAUUUUUGAUGUCUUGUAAAUUGUUACAAACUGAGGGGUCAGUGUUGACAUACAUGGUUACACAUAUGAAUAGUGAGUAUGGAACAAAAGUUAUAUUCAAUACUGCGGAUACUACCAUUACAUGUUGUUGCAGAAAGUAUGAAUCCAUAGGUAUAUUGUGCAAGCAUGCUUUUAAAGUUUUCAGUGUGAAUGAUGUUUUCAUUUUGCCAUCACAAUAUAUACUAAAAAGAUGGACAAAAUAUGCAAAGAGAGGAUAUUAUGUUGAAAAACUAGGAACUGAGGAGGAAAGUUUGAAAACGCAUGCUGCACGUGUCUCACGGAAGGCCACGUCCGUUGCAUUGAAGUGUACCCGAUCAAAGGAACUUCUUAUUGAUUUCAAGAAAGUUAUAGAUAAGUUUGACGUACAAGCAGAUAACUCUCUCAGCAAGAUGGAGGAAAAAUCAAAUGAGGUUCCGCUAGUUUCGACUGACCUUUCUACCGACACACUAAAAGGUACAAUAUCAAUUAGAGUUCCUCUGGUGGUAAAAGGUGCAAAGACUAAACGGUCAAAACUCUCCUUUGAGAAGAAGAAAGGGAAGAAAAAGAAUAGUACUAAAAAGAAAGGAGAAGAUCCAAAAAAUGCAGUACGAAAUAGGGAUGAUGGCAUUCAUCCACGGGAAUUGAUGGAUGUUGGGACUGGUAGCAUUAACGUUUCUAGUACAGUGCCAAACUUUCGAAAUGAUGUGUAUGGGCAGUCUUCGUCCAUGGCUGCUCCGUUGAUCUAAGGUGGAUUUACUAAUGCCGCAACUCCAACCUUUGCAAAUGAUGCGUACGGGCAACCUUCAUCUAUGUACGCUUUUUUCAUCCAAGGCGAAUUCACAAGUCUUUUGCUUGGAGUUCAUCAGGAUGCCACACUGUCCUCGUCUGCUAAAAAGUUACAUUUUGAUGAAUAGUAUUUGGCGCAACAUAUAAGGAGUAUGAUCUUUUUUAUGUAAUCUGGUGUAUCAUGAAUUUUAAUUUAUGUACUGCAGCACA